AUGCGAAACUCAACCGAAACCCUCGAAAAGGCCCGGAAUGAUGGCAAGCGCCAUAUCCUUCUCGCUGCCUCUGGGUCUGUCGCGACGAUAAAGCUCGUCCAAAUCAUCAAGGGCCUCAAACCUCAGACGAAUAUCUCCAUCCGUAUCAUCCUCACACAAUCUGCGACGCAGUUUCUCUCUGGCUUGACAGUUGAGCAGCCCACAGUGGACGAGCUCGCUCACCUGCCCAACGUCGACGCCCUCUACACUGAUGCCUCUGAAUGGGCUCAGCCAUGGAAGCGCAACGCCCCAAUCUUGCAUAUUGAGCUGCGACGGUGGGCAGACGUUCUUGUGAUUGCGCCACUCAGCGCAAACACCCUAGCCAAGGUCGUCAACGGCAUGUGCGACAACCUUCUGACGAGUGUGAUCCGUGCCUGGGACACCACAGGAGCCGUCGACGGCAAGAAGAAGAAGAUUCUAGUUGCUCCGGCUAUGAAUACGUGUAUGUGGAACCAUCCCAUCACGGCGACGCAGAUCCGCGUGCUCGAGAAGGACUGGGGCGGCGAGAAUGGAUGGUUCGAGGUGUUGCGCCCAGUGUCGAAGAACCUGGCAUGUGGAGAUACUGGGAACGGAGCCAUGAUCCCUUGGGAGAAUGUUGUUGAAGCGAUUGCGGAAAAGAUCAAGGCAUAA